AUGCCCCAGAAUCUUCUUAACUUAGAUGUCACUUCCAAAUGGGAUUCAGAGCCGGCUUUCUCUGCCUUGGAAGACUACAUCGUGGACGAUAAGUUCUCUCUUCUCAAAUUGCAUAGGGGAUUGAUGGAGAUUGAAUCCAUUAGUGGUAAUGAGCAUAAAGUUGCAUUGUUUUUGUCGGACUAUUUGAAGAAAGCUGGCCUUUCUGUGGAGUUGCAACAUGUGGAGCGGGACAGGUAUAAUGUCUAUGCAUAUAUUGGCAACCAAAGAAACACAACCACUGUGGUCUCCUCCCACAUUGAUGUCGUGCCGCCUUACAUUGGCUACUCUGUUGAUGGAACAAAGAUUCGUGGCAGAGGUGCCUGCGACGACAAGGGUCCCCUCGCUGCUCAAGUUAUUGCCUACUUGGAUCUUUACUACGAGAACAAGAUCAAAGAGGGUGAGGUGUCUCUUUUAUUUGUGGUUGGUGAGGAGAAUACAGGAGUUGGUAUGAGGACUGCUAGUGAGAAGUUGGGAGUCAAUUGGGAGUAUGCAAUUUUUGGUGAACCAACAGAGAACAAGCUAGGCGUGGGUCACAAGGGUAUCUUUGUGUUCGACAUCGAAGUAUUCGGCAGAGCUGCACACUCUGGCUAUCCACACUUGGGAGUAUCCGCCACAGAGAUCUUGAUACCGAUUCUACACAAAAUUCAGAACUUGGAGCUUCCUGAGUCUGAACUUUUGGGUCCUUCAACCGUGAAUGUUGGUAAAGUCGAGGCUGGUGUUGCAGCAAACGUAAUACCUGCCUACGCUAAGGCCACGAUUGCCAUCAGAGUAUCCAGUGACCUUGACGAAGUGGUGAGAUUGGUUCAUUCAGUGGUAGACGAUGUGGAGCAUGUUGCACCAGUCACAGGUAGGACCACCGAUCCCCAGUAUCUCGACUACAAAGUCCCUGGGUUUGAGUCGAUUAUUCUUGCCUACAAUACAGAUGUGCCCAACUUGUCUUUGCCAUUGAAAAAGCGUUUCUUGUAUGGCCCUGGUACAAUUCACGUUGCUCACAGCGACGAUGAACAUGUGGAAAAUCAGGACCUCUUGAAGUCAGUUGACGGUUACAGACGCCUAGUAGAGUACAUAUUGUCGCUUGAGAACGCCACAGAGUAA